AAGAAAUUCAAAAAAAAAAAAAAAAAAAAACAGAAGAUUAGUUUAGUUUUAUUACCAAAAACAAAACAUAAACAAAGGAAGGAUCUUUAGUCUGUACGUACUCUAGCCAUCCACAUAAAACUCCUAAAAAAAAAAAAAUCCCAAAGUCUUUUUCUAAUCCUCCAAUGGCUACUCUCUCUGCAUUCUCUUCUCCAGCUUCAUGGUCUAAUUCCGGUUUUCCCUCGAACGCAGACCAAUCCGACACCACCAUCGACUCCGACUCUUCGCUUCCACUCGAUCACAACCAACAACAAGAAGAAAACGACGCCGUAUUCUUCUCCAACUCUAGUACUAGUCCCAACGCCAACAACCCCUUAUCCCCUCCUCCGCAGUUUCCGGUGUCGGUUCUCCACCUUACCUUCAACCAAGACCAGGUCUGCUUCGUUGCCGGCACCGACUAUGGCCUUCGUGUCUACAACUGCGACCCAUUCUGCGAGCGCUUUCGCCGCGACUUCGACCGCAGAGGUGGAAUCGGAGUCGCCGAGAUGCUAUUCCAGUGUAAUCUAUUCGCCGUGGUCGGCGGUGGGCCGGACCCGCAGUACCCUCCGAAUAAGGUCAUGAUUUGGGAUGACCAUCAGAGCCGUUUCAUCGGUGAGCUAACUAUGCGCUCUGUGGUUCGGGCUCUGCGUCUCCGCGGGGACUGUAUCGUCGUCGUUUUGGAACACAAAGUGUGGGUUUACAAUUUCGAGAACUUGAAGGUGUUGCAGGAGAUCGAGACUAUUGCUAACCCUAAAGGGCUUUGUGCGGUGUCGUAUUUGUCCGGGUCGAUGGUGCUGGUAUGUCCUGGGUUGCUGAAGGGGCAAGUCAGGGUUGAGCAUUGUUCGGCAAAUAGGACCAAAUUCAUAAUGGCUCAUGAUUCGAGGAUUGCUUGCUUAGCUCUUACAUCUGACGGACAGUUGCUCGCCACGGCCAGCUCCAAGGGAACUCUGAUUCGGGUUUUCAACACAGUUGAUGGGACUCCGCUUCGAGAGGUAAGGAGAGGUGCAGACCGAGCAGAGAUUCAUAGUUUGGCAUUUUCCUCAACUGCGCAGUGGCUAGCAGUGUCGAGUGACAAGGGCACUGUCCAUAUUUUUAGUGUUAAGGCUAAUGCUGAGUCCUCUGAGAAUGCAAAAUCACAAAGUCCAUCCAGUUAUAAACUUGCUACCACAUCAUCAAGCUCAUCUCUUUCUUUCUUUAGAGGGGUACUGCCGAAGUAUUUCAACUCAGAGUGGUCAGUGGCUCAGUUCCGCUUGGUUGAGGGUUCUCAGUAUAUUGUUGCUUUCGGUCACCAGAAGAAUACGGUUAUAAUUCUUGGCAUGGAUGGAAGGUAAGAUCACAACAUCUUUCGCCGAUGCCAGUUUGACCCUGUGAAUGGAGGAGAGAUGAUUCAACUGGAAUAUCACAACUUUCUAAAGCCAGAAGAAGCAUUAUAAAAUGAUUACUGCAAAUUUUUAUUUGGUGUUUAUAUAUAGUUUUUUGCCCUUUGGAAUUGCUACUUAUCUUUACCCGGCCUUCAGGCUAGAAUGUUGGCGCAUUAGUAUCUGUAUAUAUGUAUAGUUUCUAAUAGAUACCAAGUAGAAAAACUUGACGAAGAUAAACUAACAUAUAUCUAGGGCAAGAAGGAAGAGAGAAGUUGUCUGAAAGUCUGAAUAUACUUCUUAAUGUAAAAAGCAAAAGUACGUUAUCGUAUACAAUGAUGGCUUUGAUAUUGAAA